GUGUCUAAUUGGUUCAAUAUUCGGGAAAAUGCGUUUAUUAAUCUACCCCCGCAACAUUGUGAGGCCUCAUCCAAAAACCGAGAGCAAUAUUGUACGUUGACUCAGAGUGUAUCACAUCCCUGUGAUGACCGACAAGCGACAACUUAUAGUCUCAAGCUCAUCAGACUGACCAUAAAACAAUCUAUACUGACAUCACAGAUCAUACAUUAUGAUGGGCUAUGAGCAAUGUGUGGAAUGGCAAUGACAGUCGGUUGUAACAAUUGCCAGGGAUCGUACUCGAUUUAGUCUGAAGAUAGAGUGCAGAGUUCUCUCAUAUUUGAGUUCGUUAUUUUUAUUUUUUAUUUGAAAUUCACCAAGUUUAGAUUGCAAUUGCGGCGGAUUUUUAAGUUUUUUUUUUGCUAUCGUUAUCAUACUCGCCGAGUUAUGUAUUAUUUGUGCCAUGCGAUAGUGUUGAUCCUUUGUGGGAUUCUUAUCACUACAAGUCGAGCCGAUCAUGUUAUUGAAGAUGAUGGAAGCGAACCGUCCCAGUCGAUGUUUUGUAAAAAUGUUCGAUCGCAACAUUCCUUGAAUAUACAAGAAAUAAUGGGAUUGUGGUAUGGAAGUGAAAUAAUCGCACACACCGAAAGCAGUCCAGGAACAUAUUAUUAUGAUACUUGUGUUUUAAUUCAUUUGACCGAUAUCACACAACAAAUGGCAACAACAACAGAAAGGGUUUCAUAUGGCGCUCAUAAAAAAUCACCUCAUCUUCGUCAAGAUCCGCAAAAUCGAUUCUUGCAUCUUGGAUGGGAGGAAAAAGACAACAAUUUGGAAUACACACUUAAUUAUACGGAAGCAAAUCCGGGUCUUUGGAUGAGUAUUGGCGAUCAACAUGGUACAAUGUUGGACUUGCAAUAUAGACAGUUUCGUGGAACUAUUCAAGUCGCGAAGGCAGUGCAUGAUCAUAUUGUACUGACAUUCUGUGACUUUAAAGUGAAUAGUACUUUCUUUACAAUUGUACUAACAAGACAAAAACAAGGAUUGGGAGAAGAUGGUCUUCGAAGCAUUCGAUCACUUUUGGCACGACGAGGAUUAGCUACAGAUUCUAUACGAAAAGUGUGUUCAUCAAGUGCAACGCAUAUUAUUUCAUCGAUAACAUUUUCAAUAGUUCUAUCAUUGAUCCUGUUUCUACAUUCAAAUUGAAAGAAAUCACAAAAAAAUAACAGUCCAUCAAAAUAAGAACAUCCACUUCAAAAAAACACAGCUCUCUAUCUAUUAACUAAUUUAAUCUAAUUUUACAAUAAUUCUUAAGCUUUCUACUCAUCUAAUUUAUUUGAUAUGUAUUAUUUUCUCGGGAGUUGCAAGCUUGUAAGUGGGCGUUUAUAUUUUGUAACUUUAAGCUAAACCUCAAUAGUAAGAAAAAUUAAAAAAAAAAAACAAGUUGAUUAAAACUGAAACUAAAAUUAAAUUAUGUUUGUUCUUGUUUUUAGAUCUUAAUAAGAUCAUUUCUAUCCGGAUAGUAUAAGCAGAAGGGUAUAAAUUAAAGAUAUGAAACAAUUAAUUCGGUUAGCCAAUUUAAUUCAAUUACCGAUACAACAAAAAAAAGAAAGACAAGAUCUAGUAAAUGUGUAGGUAGGUUGUAGGCGAAGAUAAUGUUGAAAAUAAAUUUAAUUCGUGGAUAAGUUUUCGUUCACAGAGUGUA